AUGACCGACACGUCAAGCAACAGUAGCGUGUCCGAGAUCGAAGACUCCGACCUCGACGGCAGCAGCGUUUGUGGAGGACAGCGCUUACCGAUCUUCGGCAGAAAAGACGAACUCAAGCCCCAAAGCACCGCCACCACUAGGCAGCUGCGACGGCGCGAUCCAUCCGAUCGUGUUGAUUAUAAUGUCGAAAACCACUACCUCGCGCUAGAGGCUGCUCUGGAGCCCGCGAACGAUGAGGAGGAGCGGCCAUCAAUCAAGAGGGAGCACAGACAGGACACGAUACGGAUGGGAUCAUUGAAACGGGGCGCCUGGCAGCCCGCAGCAUCGAAGAAUCUAGGAAAUUCGAAUAAGAGGAGAAAACGCGCAGAUGUCCCUCAAGACAAGCCGGAGGACGGUCAAAAAAAAGAUAGAGAUGAGGGUGCUCAGGACCGCGCUGGUGAAUCCCGAGCGGUCGUGGUCCUGGACUGCGCAGGACCGCGCUUCUCUUCAGCGCCACUGCAGCACACACCGACCAGAGCUCAUGCUCUGGGAACUCGUCCUCGCAUCUUCAACAGGUCGCUACCCGACCUGUUCACGUACGGUCUGAAGCUCGAUGACUCUGUGUUGCCGGACAUCAAUGUCGACGGGCAAGCGCUCCCCAAUCCGGGCUUCCUCUCCACCGCCAUCUCCGAUAAUCUUCAGCUGUUGGUCUGCCACCCGGUCUGGGAGGGCAGCCUCUCGCUCGUUCGUUACGCUCUCCAGGUCGCCGUCAUGCACAGAGUUCCGGGUCAUAUCUUCCCGAUCGCACCGCUGCCCAACUUGACGUCGCGGGUCACCGUGAUGAGGAAUCCAAGCCUUGCAGGCCACCCGAUGCUGGCCCGGGAUUUCGACUUUGCGAGCUACGAGAUGAGCCAUCCCUGCGCGAGACCCAUGAUCCAGCAACUGUGUGACAUUCUUGAGGAGAGCGUGGAAAAAGAAGAUUUCCACGAAGCCGAUGCCGGUUUCCGCGAGAAGACCCUGUUCCUCCUCCGAGUCCAAGACAUCCAAGCGGUCAUCAACUCCACCAACCGACUCGCAGUAAACGGCAUGCCAGUUUUCCGAACGUGCCACGACUACUUCCUACACCACAAGUCCCUUGCUCAAGCUGAAAGGGAUCACCGAGCCUCGAUCGACGAGCUGGAGGCGCUGAAGCGGCACAAGAAAGAAUGGGUGCUCGCCACGCGGCGCAAGUGGAUCGUGUCCUCGAGGCACUGGCGACAGGAAAGCACGGGCGUGGCCCCCCCGGCUGAGGACGAGCCGGGAGCGUACGACAUGCCCGAGGGCGACGCCUGUCCCGCCCAUCUCUACUGUGAGCAGCUCGGCAGGAGCGAGGCCCACUUGGCGCUGAUGCGCGGUACCAUCUGGCCGCUGAUCAAGACGCCUCCUCCAGUGUUCGGUUUGUAG